GAGCUGUGCGGGCGGAGCGCGGAGUGCAGCAUCCACCUGGAGGUGAUCGUGGACAGGCCGCUGCAGGUUUUCCACGUGGAGGUGGAGGUGAAGGACAUUAAUGACAACCCGCCGGUGUUCCCCGCGACACAAAAGAAUCUGUUUAUUUCCGAAACGAGGGCUCUUGACUCUCAUUUCUCACUAGAGGGCGCCUCGGAUGCAGACGUCGGAACCAACGCUCUGCUGACUUACAGACUGAGCCCCAAUGAGUAUUUCUCCUUGAAAGUACCAACCAACGAUGAGCAGGUAAAACCACUCGAACUAGUAUUAAAAAAACCUUUAGACAGAGAAGUAGCUUCGGAGGUUCUCUUGGUGCUCAAAGCAACUGAUGGGGGCAAACCUGAGCUGACAGGCACGGUGGAGAUACUUAUCACAGUGCUAGAUGUAAAUGACAAUGCCCCGGUGUUUGACAAAGCGGUCUAUCGAGUGAAAUUACUGGAAAAUGCAAGAAACGGUACGCUAGUUAUUAGACUUAACGCCUCGGAUUUGGAUGAGGGCCCAAACAGCCACAUUCUUUAUUUCUUUGAAACUGAUACCUCCCCUAACAUAGAAGCCUCUUUUCGCAUAGAUUCAGACAGUGGAGAAAUAAAAGUAAAUGGAAAAAUAGAUUUUGAGGAAACUAAAUUAUGGAAGAUUCAAAUAAAGGCCAUUGACAAAGGCAAUCCCCCAAUGUUUGGUCACUGCACAAUCUUAAUAGAAGUCUUGGACAUCAAUGAUAAUGCUCCGGAGUUGGUAAUAACGUCACUAGCGCUCGCUGUGCGAGAGGAUGCUCCCUUGGGGACCGUCAUCGCCCUAAUCAGUGUAACUGACCCUGACUCCAGUGCCAACGGACAGGUGACCUGCACCCUGACUUCCUAUGUCCCCUUCAAACUGGUGUCCACCUUCAAGAAUUACUAUUCGUUGGUGCUGGACAGCACCCUGGACCGCGAGAGUAUAUCCCACUACGAGUUGGUGGUGACAGCGCGGGACGGGGGCUCUCCUUCUCUAUGGGCCACAGCCAGCGUGUCCGUGGAGGUGGCCGACGUGAACGACAACGCGCCGGCGUUCCCACAGCCCGAGUACACGGUGUUCGUGAAG